AUGUUUAGGCUCUUUAGGAAAUUUUCAGACAUUGCCCAAAAGCCUUUGAGAGACCGAAUCCUUGAGGCUCCUACUUCAGCGCUUCUCUCUACAAUUAAUAGCCCUGAAGCAACCUCUGUAGAUUUGGUUUUCGGACUGAAAGAACUUUCAGAUAGGAUUAGAAAACAUAAUUUAAGCAGGAAAGUAUUAGCUGAGCCAAAAUAUCAUGAAAUUCAACUCAAAAUAUCUCGAGACAUCAUGAACCUUGACAAAGACAGCGUUUUGAGUUAUUCAUAUUUCUUAAAAACCUAUGAUAAACUUACAGAAAAAGAGUUCACAUUAGCAAGUGAAAGAUGGCUAGCAACUAAAAUCAGGAAAAUUGCUAAUGAGAAUGGCUUUACUGUUAAGGAGUUAGGAGAGCUUGCAGAAAAUCUAUUGUCAAUCAAUAAAUAUAUAUAUGAAAUAGAAAGCAGCGCUGCUUCUCAAAAUGAUGGAACAUUAGAAGAUUUUAUGAAAAUAUUGAAAGUGGCAAGAAUUUUGAAUAAAGAACCAGAUUAUGAUUUUUGGAAUAAAUUUACUGAGUUUUUUGAUCAUAUGGAUUAUGAAAAUAUGAGCCCUAAAGAAAUUUUUGAAAAAUUAAACAUCUUAUACUCACAGCCUGAUAUUUAUCGCAAAAAAAUUUGCCAAAUCACUGAUAAAGCUUUUAGUUCCCUUCUGUCAAAAUUAGAUUCCUUACAUCCCCCUCCGUCAGCGAGUAUUUUUUUGCUCGCUUAUGGAGGGGGUUAAUUUAAUAUUUUUUAAAAAUUUACAUGUAAAUUGUAUAGUAAAACUUUUUCUAAAUUCAAAGCAAUCUUAAAUCGCAUAAUUGGGAGUAAAAACUCAUUAAAUUUGUAAAAUAUAUGUUUGAAGAUGCAAGAUAUUUAAAAUUUAGUAGACUUAGCUAGAGAUUUCAAUCUAGUUAAAAUCACUUAUAUAUUAAAAAAUUUGCACAAAAUGUUUUCGCUAGCACAAAGCAUUUUUUUUUACAAAAAAAGAGAUUUUUUCCAUUGUGAGGAGAGUUAGAUUUUCCACAAAUUUUGAAAAUUUUAGAAUACUAUACUUUGCAAGCUAAUUUAGACGAAAAUAUUUAUUUAUCUUUCAUAUCAAAAUUAGAAGAAAUAUUACAGAAUCCUCCUUAUAUCAUAAAAUCUGAACAGACAUUUAACCUUAUUUCAUUAAUAGCCGACAUCAGCAAACAAAAAGACUACCCAGUUGUUCCAUCCUUAAAAAAUGCUCUAUUAAAUGAUAUAAAGCUCAAGCUUGAUUCCAAAGCUUUGCAUUUGUCUCAAUAUAAGCCUUUGGUGCAUGACAUUAUGAAAAUCGAAAAAGUAAUAUCCAAAGAUUUAUCAUUAAGCCUAUUAAAUUACAUAAAAACUUCACAAUUCAUCGGAAUUUGAACAUUUGAGUGCAUUAGGCUAUUUGAAAAAUUAGGAAUAGGAGAAUACACAGAUGGUUUUAUUGCUGUAAAAAUUAUUUAGGAUGCAAAGGAAGCAAUAAAAGCAAUAUCCAAGUUGGACUGGGUUGAUAAGUUUUCUAUUAUUGAUGUCAUUUUGCAGAUUGAUGGGUAUGAUUUUAAACCUGGCUGCUUUGACUGCUUUAGGAGUAUAAAAACAGAGUAACUUUUAAUCAGACUUCACUAUGUAAGUGGAAACAAUUCUUAUGAAGUCUUAGAUGCCUAUCUACAAGCAGAAUUAUCGAGAAAAACACAAUUAAAUCUGAUGCCUGAAAUAGAAAAAAUUGUAAGGACUUUGAAUGCAGUUAACGAUCCACUGAGCGAUCCAUUAGUAUUAAAGCAUUUAUUGAUGCUUGGCGGCUUAAAAUCAGAAUUACCUAAAGAGCUAUUACUCCUCCUUUGAUUAGCUAGUAUAAAAGUUGAAAAUAAUACCCUUUGGAAAAAAUUAAAUCUAUUUGUUGAAGAAUAAAACAAAGUUAAAUAUGAAGAUCUUCUUAUAUAAAAGAUUAAUGAAUUUAACAAUUAGAUAAUAAACUUUAGAGAGUCGUCAUCCUAACAAAUAAUUAUAAAUUAGCAUCCGAAUCGGGUAAAAAAUUCUUGCUAACUAACCAAAAUGAGAGCUAGGGUCUCUUGCAUCUAGAAUGCCUCUUUCUGAUAUAGAAAAAGUUCUAGCUGUCGAUUAUCCAGUUUUCACUGCAAAAUCAGUAUUAAUGUUAUUCAAAGAGAUAAAAGAUAGAAUAGAUGAUAGAAUACUCGUACAUGGGAUGAAAUAUUUGUCAACAACUUUUGAUUAUAUGGAUUGGGUUGAUUAUUCAUAUGCUGCUCUUAUUGUUGAUCAAAAAUUCUUUUUGUCUCCUUUAUUUGACAAAUAUUAUGAGAAAUUUUUCAACGAAUUAACAAAAUGUGUGUUUCCUACUCAGUAUAGUAGAAUGUAUAGGAUAUGGGGAUUCGUAAUAAAUGAAAUAGGAGAUAUUAUACACUGGCAGAAUUUGGGAGGGCCUUUACACACCGAGACAUUUUUCAACGUGUGGAGCUCGAAUCCCAUAUGUGGAGCCAUUCAAGUGUGGAAACUCCUCAUGUGGAAUUUGGGUUUCACACUUAGAAAAAUGCCACAAUGUAUGGAGAGCCUCCAAAUUAUGGCAACGCAUAAUAUAAAUGAAUUAAAAUCAAAGAAAAUUCGUAAAAUGAUAGAAUUGUUAGCUUUUGCCCAAAAAAUCCCAGCAAACCUCGCUUUAAAGCUACAUAAAUAUUUCAUCAACCAGCAAAAGGACUAUUCCUCAACAAUCCUACUUAUUAAUUUAGCACUAAAGCAGGAUAAUUUGACAGAAGAAGAAAGAAAACGAGUUUUAAAUCAAUUUUUUUCAAUAUCUGAAAAUAUAUCUUUUGACGAGCUGAAAACAAAAGUCUUGACUUACAAUAUAACUGAAUUGAGCGAUAAAAAUAAAGAAGAAGCAUUUAUCCUUAAACUUCAAGAGAAAAUUCGAGAUUUGUCACCAAGAUACAUGUACUCAGUCUUUGAUUUGUUAGGCCAACUAUAUUUUAAAGUUUUGCAUGCCCAUUAUGAUUUUAGCAAUAAUAUUGUAAAUGCAUUUGCUGAUUAUGUGACUAAGCAUUCAAAUAAGUGUGGCUCAAAGUUGCUAACUAAAGCAUUUUGGAGUUUUGCAAAGCAUAACAAUAAAAGCCCAGAUCUCUAUAAAGUCUUAUUGUCGGAGCUAGGGAAGAACUACUAUGAUCUGAACCCUUUAAGCAAAGUCAAUAUUUUAGCUUCUUUUGGGAAAAAGGGUUUAAGGGUGAAAGACGUUUAUGAAAUCAUCUGCAAUGAUAUCCUGCAAAAUGUCGACGAUUACAUAGCGAGCACAUCGGAGAUUUUAACUUCUAUUGGUGAAGUAAACUAUGAAAAUGAAGAAUGGAGCCAAAAGUUAACGAGAAUUUUUUUAGAUAAAUACGAUUUCAGCGCCAAACAAUACUCAAAUUAUUGGUACUAUAAUUUACUGUGGGCAUUAGUUAAGUCAAAAGCUUCUGAAGACGAUAUAAAUAGACUCAUUUCAUAUGCUAAAGAAGGUUUUCAUCAUUAUGGUAAAAAAGGGAUCAAGCAGUUUUGACUCUACUAUCAUUUUAAAAAUUCGAACCCAGCACUUUCUGAACAAAGUUUCAGAAUUUCUCAAGAAAAAAUUAACUGGCAAACAGUUUAUGGGGUGAGAGUGGAUUGGCUGAACCCCGUUGUGGAUGCUUUUGAAAGUGUUGGAAUUAAGGCAGAUAGAUUUGAGAAACUUGAAGAGAUUACUUCUCCAUUGUUAAUCAAGGAGAAAAAAUUGUGUCUCUGGGCAAAAAAUCCAUAUAUAAUGACUUAUGAAAAUGAAAUGCUGAGGGGAGAUUUUAUGUUUGUAAAGGAGUGUAUAGAAAAAAGAGGAGGAAGGGUGCAGCUUUUAGAUUUAGAGGCAUUGAAAGGAUUGGAUAACAAAAAAAUAGUCAAAUUGUUUGAGGCUCAAGGAAUAUUAAGUUAA